UGUAAGGUGGGCAACUCCGUCAUUUCAAUGCUUCCCCACUGGCCGUACAAGAGAUUUGGUCUGGCAUCAUCGUCAGCCUAUCUUACAACUGUUGACGCGGACUCUCCUGCUCUUUAGCUGCAGAAUUCAAGAAGAUGAAUUCCCUUUCAGCUACUGUAUUUUCCCCAAAAUAUCCAGUCCUUCACUACGCAAAACGUCGUCGUUAUUGCUCCCGAGUACCUGCUGUGUUCUCCACCCUCAAAGCUUCACCUCCUCCCCUGAAUGAAUUUGCUGGAGAUGAUGUAUUGCGGGAGUUCUUGAAAGAAAGAGAGUUAAGUGGAGAUUUUAUAGCGAAACUCUCAGAUGAACUUUGGCUCAGGGGUGUGGUUGCCAAUUCCAAAAAUCUUGGAGAGUUUGAGGGAAUUGCUGAUAAUCAGAAAUUCAAUAGUGCCUCACAGUUACUGGAGGAGGAUGUUGGGCAGGAAAGCGAAGGUGGGUUCUUGAAAUUGAAAAGAACGAAUGAGUGGCUGUUGGGUGACGAUAAUUCGGCACCGAUGAAUCAGAAGAUGGCUUCCAAGGAAGUGCGGGACGAUGGUGAGAGAAGGAAAAGGCUGAAUUUUCUCAGAUAUGAGGCUCUGAAGAGAGAGCUGCUUCUUUUGACUGUGGGCAUAGGAUCUGCAUGCAGUGGAUAUUGCCUCAUAGCUUUGUCUGUCCAGGCUGCUGUGAGCUAUGCAACAGGAGUUAUUUUCAGCUGCUUGUACUUUCAACUGCUAUGCAAACAUGCGGACAACAUCUCAAGAGAAGCAGUUCCAGAAGUUUUCACCAAAAAGAAGUCAAAGAACUUGUGCCUGCUAUGGUUGGGCUGUUUGCAUAUAAGGCGGCAGCACUUGUGCAAGUCUAUAGAGACAACGAAGACCUUCAAUUCAUCUUUCCUGAGAAUGCAGACAGGUCGAGUGACUGAAUUCCUGGAACUUUAUAUAAAGACUUGACUACAUUUUUGUUCGUUUGACGAGUUAUAUUCUCCCGAGAGGUCCUUAGUUAAACAGGUCCAGUUGAGAUGUGGAAGAACCAAGAGAUCAAGCCUGAUGAAGUCGAACCAAAGGGCCAGACGACUAUUGGCAGAGCUUUGACGAGUAUGGAAUUAUGCAGACCACAGCAUUCUACAUAAACACUCAAGUUGUCCAAGUCAAGAUUGUGAACGUUUGCAAUGUUUUCGCCUAGUACUUUAAAUACAGAAGUCCGCGAAGCUAUCCCUUAACAUCCUUAAAUUAUCUGCAUUGUGUUGUUCGAAUCCAUCCCUAGAAGUGGAGAUGAAUGGAUGCAGGAGCUGCAGAUUGAUGUAUAUAACAUGCAUGUAUUAAUACCCUAGUUAGAUUGAAGUUCAUUGGCAUGAUCAACCACCCUUUUGUUGUGAACUGAAAAUGGCUUGCAAGUGAUAACAUCAACUUGCUAAAUUUGUUACCGUACCGAUGUUUUUGCUACUACAUUUCAAGAAUGAUUCAACUUCUACAGGGAAUUUUUCUGAAAAUUUGUGA